AUGUCGGACCCCCCUUCUCGCAUUCGCUCUAUCAUCAGUCAUCUCCGCCCUCAUCCAACAGCUCCUGUCAACUUUCACACUCUAUCCCCUACAACAUUUCUUGAGCGUGCCGCAUCCAUUGAGCCCGAUGCCGAAGCCAUCUUUCACAUCACUGUUAACGGAGCUGUACUGCGCCGUUCCUAUGCCGAGUUUGCUGAUCGCGCCCGUGGUCUCGCCUACUAUCUCGUCAAGCAUGGCUAUCGGCGCGUAGGCGUCCUCGCUCCUAACACGCCUGCUUUCCUCGAGUCUAUCUACGGCAUUGUAGCGGCAGGCGCUGUUAUUGUUCCGGCCAACUACCGUCUAAAACAAGAAGACAUCGCCUACAUAUUUGACUUUGCUGAAGUGGAUUGCAUUAUUGUUGACAAUGAGUUUGUUGGCUUGCUUGAUGCGUACAAGGAGAAACACACGAAUGUGCCCUUGAUUGUCGAUUUGGAUAAUGAUGCUACCGUGGGUCAAUUGUCUGGUCCUUUUGAUGACGCCGUUCUCGAGGGCUUGAAGCAUGAUAUUGCCCAAGGAAGCCAAGGCUGGGCGGGUCUUCAUGCUCAAGCCCGGAGUGAGGACGACAUGCUUGCCAUCCCCUUCACUUCGGGAACAACGUCAAAGCCCAAGGGCGUCGUCUACACACAUCGAGGCUCUUACCUUGCUACCAUGGCCAACAUUGUCGAGUCAGGUCUGAAUAUCGGGCGUUGCAAAUACCUCUGGAUCCUCCCAAUGUUCCAUGCAGUGGGUUGGACCUUUCCCUGGUCCGUUGUUGCGGUGCGUGGCACCAACGUCUGUCUUAGAAAGAUCGAUUAUCCUCUCAUCUGGAAGUUGCUGAAGGAAGAGGGCAUUACACAUUUCAACGCCGCUCCAACAGUCAAUACGUUACUGGUAGCGGCUACGGAAGCUGAAAAGCUACCACACGAAGUCAAAGUCACAGUGGCGGCUAGCCCCCCAACAGGAUACCUAUUCGAACAAAUGACAAAACUAAACCUCAUACCCGUCCACGUUUACGGGAUGACAGAAACAUACGGGCCAAUCACUAAAUGCUACACUCUACCUGAGUGGGAUGAUCUACCUCCAACAGAAAAAUACGCAAAAAUGUCCCGGCAAGGGCACGGCUUCAUAACCAGUCUACCAAUCCGCAUUAUCAAGCCAGACCAGCCACAAGGAGUCCUUGUCGAUGUCGCAAAGGAUGGCAAGGAAAUCGGCGAGAUUGUCUUUAUGGGAAACAUUUGUGCCAAAGAAUACUACAAGGAUCCUGCAGCCACACGGGAAUUGUUUGCUGGAGGCGUUCUUCACUCGGGCGACCUGGCGGUGUGGCACCCAGAUGGCAGUGCUCAGAUUCAAGACCGCGCGAAGGACAUCAUCAUCUCUGGUGGCGAGAACAUCUCGUCUGUUGCUCUUGAGAGCAUGCUGGCCCAGCAUCCAGACAUUCUUGAGGCGGGUGCUGUCGCCGUUCCAGAUUCUCACUGGGGUGAGAGGCCCAAGGUCUACAUCACAGUUAAGGAUGGCAAGAGCGUGACUGGGGAUGAGAUUAUUCAGUGGGCCAAACACCAGAGUGAUAUCAGCAGGUUUAUGGUUCCCAGAGAGGUAGAGGUCGUGGACGAGCUGCCCAAGACAAGCACUGGCAAGAUUAAGAAGAACGUCCUGCGAGAAUGGGCUAAGCAUGGAAGGACAUAG